AUGUCAACCACAACAGUGGCAGCCUUCUCUUUCCCUUCGACGUACAACUUCCCGCCCUUUUUCACCCCGCAACCGAAUACCAACACCCGCCAAGCCCAGCUCGAGAAAUGGUCCUCUUUGAUCCAGUCUUGGUGUCGGCACCACAGACAAUAUCGCCUUAGCCUGGUUGAAGCAGUAGAUAGCCCUCUCUUUCACAAUGCAGCGCUGCGCAAACGAUUAGAUCUCCGUGAAGCCCGCGCGGUGAUAGACUGGAUGGCCAAGAGCGAAGAGGAAGGUGGCGGUGGUCAGCGCGCAGAAUGGAUUGAUUCUUCUUCUGCGGGAAGCCAGGGGCCGAAGUCUGUGGCGUGGAUUUGGUGGCGGAGGCCAGAGGAGUGGGCGGAUGUACUGGUGGAUUGGGUAGAGGGCACAGGACAGCGCGGGGCGGUGUUGACUGUUUAUGAGCUUGUACAGGGAGAGGCGACGGCAACACAAGAAUUCCAUGGCAUGGAUAAUGAUGUCAUACUAAAGUCGCUAAGCAUCUUGUCCAAGCGCGGCAAAGCGCAAGUCUUUGGAAGUGAAGGACAGGAAGGAGUCAAGUUUUUUUAA